AUGCCGCCCACUCCUGCGCCGCCGCGCCACAGCUGCGCCGUUCGACCCGCUUCGCGUCGUGCCACCUUAAGUGCACCAAGCGCCACCUGGCACCCGCCACAGCACCCGGCCAGGCGGCACCCGGCCCAGGGCAGAAUUCCCAUCAUGCACCAACAUCAUCCCAUCCUCAGCCUCGGCCUCCUCGCGGCAACCGCCUCAGCCCACCCGCUAACUGGAACCGAGGGCACAGACACCACAGACUCACAGUACGGGUACUGGGACCUGACCUACUCGCGCGGCAACGCAGCCUCGGGCUACCGCUGGGAGAACUUGUCUGCCACUUACUCGGGUACUCCCGAGGUUGUUGUCGCGUGCAAGCAGCUUUAUGACCCGAGUUCAGACGAGAUGACCAAGAGUUGCGAUGACCCCGGGUUUUGGUAUGAGGUGGAUGCGGAGUGGCCUGAGAAUGUGAUCACUGUGCGCCAGACCGUGCGGCUUGACGGCGGAGAGAGGGCGGUUGCUGCCACUGGGAUGACCCAGUUGGAGUUGGAGUGUGGGAAAGGAGCCGCCGGAAGGGCUUGUGAAGCAUCCGCAAGGGUGGAGGCAAUAAUUGAGAGGAUGUGCCAUGUCACCGCUCGGAUCCUUCGCGUCAAGGUUAACGUUCCACAGGCGGGCAUGCAUAUCCGCGCCGCGGACCCUGUUGCGGACCACUCCCUUGCCAUUGCGGAAACCCACCGGGCGGAAGUCCACCAUGCAGGAGCGGCUCCGGUCACGGUGGGGAGGGCUGUUACCAAAGCUGGAACCGGCAACACAACCGUCUCGGGGUGA